GCGCAUCGACGGAAUAGAGCGAGACCGGACGUGAGAGAGAACGAGGCAGACUCGUUCGCGUUCCGCCGAGGUGGUGCAGUUUUCCAGUGUCGCGUAGAGUGUAGUGUUUUUCUUCCUUUCCCCCGUUUCCGAGCAUCGAGUGUUGUGUGCGUCACGGUGAGGCAAAGCAGACCUAUCCCCCAUGAUUAAGGAGUGCAUUUAGGUAAUUAAGAAAUUUCUCAUACGGCCGCGCCCCAUUAAAAUGCGAUCCUCGUCCCUUCGGGACGCCUCGCAACGAGGAGCGACUACGGUGCGCCACCAUAGCGCACACGCCGUGCCGGUGUUAUUACCGUCGGUUCGUCUCUUCGAAAUUAUUCCGAGAAUUACGUGCUAGACGCCCUCGUGAAGAGUGUUUUCGUGAAUAACCACGCGAACGUUAUCUGGUAGAUCGUGUGUGUAGCGAAAUCGUACGCAAGGUGUGCACGGAAGUAAAAAAGCACGGUGCCGCCGGGAGGGAGACAAUUUGCAGCGUGGUGUGACGCCGCGUCAAUGUCGAUUCGUGUUGUUCGUAAACGGUCGAUCGGAGACUCGUGAGCAAACGGAGUUCGGAUAUAUGACUCUCCCUUGCCCUUCGUGGUGCGCGCGGGCAACGUGUGCUACGUAGAUACAAAAAUAAUGUGCAAGGACUGAACACACCUGGGAGCGAUUGAAAAGCACAUCCCACAGACCCCUCCAACUAAAAUCACUCGCCUAACCUUUCCCCUGCCCACCUUAUCCUGCCUCUUAUCCUUCCCCUCCCCCUUCAAAUCUCAAGAAGAUCUUUCUCUCUCUCUCUUUCUUUCUUUCUAUCUAUCUAUCUAUCUCUAUCUUUCUCUAUCUUUCUCUCUCUUUCUCUCUCUCUCUCUCUGUCUCUGAACCACAGGAAUCUGUGACUCCGUUAUGGACAGUAUGGAUUCGAAACCAGUUUUGAACGAUGACCCCUCGGUCACUCUGACCAUUCGCCUGAUUAUGCAAGGCAAGGAGGUCGGGAGCAUCAUUGGGAAGAAAGGAGAGAUCGUCAAAAGGUUCCGUGAAGAGUCUGGCGCGAAGAUCAACAUCUCCGACGGUUCGUGCCCGGAACGAAUAGUGACGGUGACCGGGCCGACGAACUCGAUCUUCAAAGCGUUCACUCUGAUCUGCAAAAAGUUCGAGGAAUGGUGUUCCCAGUUCCACGACAUCCAGGGGAGCGGUGGCGUGCCCAGGCCGCCCAUCACCCUCAGGCUGAUCGUGCCCGCGUCCCAGUGCGGCUCCCUGAUCGGCAAGGGUGGGUCCAAGAUCAAGGAGAUCCGCGAGGUGACCGGCGCCUCGAUCCAGGUCGCCUCCGACAUGCUGCCUAAUUCGACGGAGCGUGCGGUCACCAUAUCGGGCACCAGCGAGGCCAUCACGCAGUGCAUAUAUCACAUCUGCUGUGUUAUGCUAGAGUCCCCUCCCAAAGGUGCCACGAUCCCUUAUCGCCCCAAACCCCAAGUUGGUGGGCCAGUGAUCCUGGCUGGUGGGCAAGCCUACACCAUCCAGGGUAAUUACGCGGUGCCCGCCCACUCGGACGUAAGUACAGUAUUGCCAUUGCCCGCGCCCGCUGCCGGGCCCACCCCGCCCUCGCUGAACACCCAAACUUUGACGACUUCGCCCUUCGCGGCCCACCCCUCAUCCUCGGCCUUCGCCGCUUCUCACGGGCAUCCGCUCCUAUCCACGGCCCACCUUACAACACCCCAUCAUCCCCUCCACCCGAGCCCCUUACACGCCAGCGUGGCAGGCCUCGCCGACCCCCUGCUGAAGAGUGGACACUUGCAGGCAGCCCUCCCGCCCGCACACCUCGUGGCAGACGCCAUGGGCAAACUUGGUAGCAAUCCAUUGGCUGGGCUCGCAGCUCUUGGCCUUGGAGGCCUUGCCACUCCUGCCAACACUGGUGGACUAAACCCUGCAGCAUUAGCAGCACUUGCUGGUAGUCAACUACGUACCAGCAAUACAAAUAGGCAACAACCAGCAGCAAACAAUCAGACGCACGAGAUGACCGUGCCAAACGAGCUGAUUGGUUGUAUCAUCGGCAAAGGUGGCACCAAGAUCGCUGAGAUUCGUCAAAUCUCCGGUGCCAUGAUCAGAAUCAGCAACUGCGAGGAAAGGGAGGGUGGCGCUACGGAUCGUACAAUCACGAUUACUGGAAAUCCGGACGCUGUGUCAUUGGCACAAUAUCUCAUCAGUAUGAGGAUAUCACAAGAAACGACGGGACUCUCGAUACCCGCGUACCACUUCAUCCCACCGGACCACAUCGUUAAGUCGCCGAUCCACUAAAUGUGGUGAGACACAUACGUAUGUCGUUGUCGUCGAAAGGACGCGGGGCGUCACGACGCACGCGAAGCUGUCAAUGGCAUCUGGGGCUGGGCCACGUACUGUGUUCAACCAGCUUGCUAAUCGACACAUAACACAUUUUUCAACACAUACAUACAUACAUACACAGCAUACACACACAGACAGAUCACAUAUAUACUCAAGUUUAAUACAUAUGUACACGAUAUAUAACCACAUAUACAUGAUAAUUAUACACUUGAUCAAGAAGAAACAUUAAUAUACUUACACAUACUUACGCAUACACAAUAUACAUGAUAAAGAACAAAAGGUGAACAAAAAUGGAACACAUCAACGAUGGAAAAGGAAAAGUACACACAUCAUGCAUACACAUAAUAUACACGUACAUCUGCAAAUAUACAAGUAUAUACAUAUACAUGUUAUAAAAAUGGUUAAACCAGAGGGAAGUACGCGUGGAUACACGUUACGAAUUUAAAUACAUAUUGUACGCAUACACACGUAUACACACAGAGGUAUAGCAUAUAACAUACAAACAUAUACAUAUAUAUAUAUAUAUAUACGUGAGAAUAUUGUGCGCGCUCUCGAUAAGAGAAUAACAGAGGUGUACAUAAGUGGCAAGAAUGCAGGGAGAAAAGGGAUUAAAUCGAGCACGCGCUUAAUAAUAAUAAUUAUAAAAAGAAAAAAAAAUUAAGAAAAAAAAUACAUGCAAGUAGAGACGAAGAAGACACGCAUGUGCGUACACGAAUAUAUUAUAUAUAUAUAUAUACUCAAGUGUACAAAAAUGUACAAAAGAUAUUUAAACAAACAAAAAAAAGAAGAAACAAAUAAUAACGAUGCACGCCGCAGCCCGUUAUACAUACACGGUGGCUGCUGCCGAUUGGUAAAGGGAACAAGCCAAAGAUAUGUUAGUUUUCAUUUUUAUAUUUAAAAAAACGAGAGAAAAAAAACAAAAUGAAAAUACGAGAGAGGCGGAAGAAAAAUACUAUAAUGGCCGAAAAUUUUCGAUCACCUCAUAUUUCAAUGAUUGGAUCUUUGUUUUCAUGGAUUUGCGUAUUAAAUGCUAUUUCUGAAAGAGCAUAUAUGAAAUUAUAUAGCGCCAUAUUUAUCAUAUAAAUAUCCUAAUUUUUCUUUAAAAAUCUAUUAAUGUUUAAUUACUUACUUUCGCUUAAUUAUUUAAUUAAUUACAUUUAUAAUUUCAUUACAUUUUUAAUUUAACAUUAUUCUAUUAGAUUUUUAGUCUUUAACAAUUAUUUCAAAGAUUCAAUUUUCAUUUAAAUUCUUAAAUAAAGUAAAUAAAGUAAUUUUUAAACUAUUAUUUGUUAUUUAAUAUAUGAAUUUAUUAUUUAUUAAGAAUAAUCUAAUACUACGAUAUUAAUGAAAUUUUUUAUAAAAUAAAAUUGAUAGAGCUUCGAAAAUAUAAAAUAUGACGUUAUACAAUUCAUGGUAUCAAGUGGAAACAGAAAUUCAAUGAGAGAAAAGAUGAUCUUAUAUUUUCGGCCAGCAUAGUACGAAAAAAUUAUUAUUAUAAUUAUUAUUAAUCAUGAAUGUAUGAAAAAAAGACGCUGAAUAACUAUAUAAUAUUAGGUCGAUUGUUAGCAUUUUUUCUAUUGCUGGCUAUUUUAAGGAAUGGAGACUGAUGGGAUUCUUUUCACCCAUUUAGCUAAUUUAAAACAUAAAGCCACCCCAAUGGGAUAAUGACCCCUCUUUGGACAUUGAAAUCUCCAGUAUGAAAAUAUCCAGCAGAACUUAGAUUUCCAAUUUAAUAGAAUUUUCUAUUAUUGAUAUUUUUAUUUUUUUGGAUAAAGAAAUCUUUCAAUAAAUUCUUUUAGAAUCAUUAAUAAAUAUCAUUAAAGGCAUAUUGAUUUCAUAUAAACAUUCAGAGUAUCAGUGAAGAGUAGAAGAUAAUUGUUACUCGAUAUUUCUCACUACAGAUGUGAAAUGAAAGAAAUAACUUUCAGAUUCUAUCUUUAGAAGAGAUCAGAUUUCUUAUUAACUUUUUGCCCUAGAAUAUAGAUAAUCCAUCUUUUGUUUGAAAAAUAAAAUUCUCCACAAUUGGAGAAUUUUAUUUUCCAACAAAAGUAUGCUUGCGAAAAGAUUGUACUUCAAUAAUAUGCUACAUCAUAAGAAAAAGAAAUUAUCACUUGGGAAGCUCUAGUUCACCAUCAAAUAACGCCCAAGUGUUAUUUUCUAUAAUUCUGUUGGUUUUCUGCGUCGAUCGAGACGAAGUAGAGGGGUCUUUCAUUUGAUAAUUAAUUAAUUUUUAAGACAAUAGUCUUAAAAAUCUUGUCCCCUUUCAAAAUUGACAUCUUUUAGGAGAUUCAAUAUAAGUUCUUCAUCUGCUUGAAGCCAUAAUGGAGACUCGACAGAGAUUAAGAGGAGAUCUAGAAUAAAAUCAAUAUGCUGUUUUAAUGUGUUCAAAUUAUCAAAGACCUUAUUAAGUAGAGUUUGAUCAAUUUAAAAACAAGAUUCUUAUAAUUAUUAAAAUUUUGUGCCAUUUUUUAAAAUCUUAUUUCAUUACUAUCAUCCAUAAUGAUAAUUAAUUCAAUUUUUUUUGGAAAGCCUCGGUGAAAGUAGAAAUUCUUUAAAUUUAACAUAUUAACAUAUUAUAAUUAAAUUUGUUUUGCAUAUUGUUAUUUUGUAAUAGAAAUUAAAAUGUUUGUGUAUCUAUUGUUGUAUUUAUUAAUUUAUCAAUAGAUAAAUUUAUGUGCAUUGCAAACAAUAUUUUGUUUUCGUUAACAUAAGAAUAAAGAUACUUUAUUCUUCUUAUUAUUAAAUUUAUUUGUUCUUAUUUAGAAAGAAAAAAAUAAUAAAAAUAAUAAUUAAAAAAUAAAACCCUAUAAUUAACUAAUAAAAUAUUAAGGGUUUUAGUAAAAAUAAUUGAAAAUUAGAUGAUUACAUUAGGAAAGAAUAUAAACUUUAAAAUAUGUAUUUUAAUUUUAUAUAAAUUUUAUAAUAAUUUAAAGGAAAUAAAGAAUUAGCAGAGAAUUAUAAAGAAGUAAUUUAACAUAACUAAUUGUAAAAUAUAUAAUUAAUAUUAAAUUUUAAAUAUUAUAAUUAUUACCUUUUGUCUUUAGUACAAAGCAACUUUCUAUUCAUUUUUGUUGCAUAAUAAUUGAUAAAUUGAUGCAUUCAAUGCAUAAUUUAGCUCUCUAGUAUGGCUGAAGUAUUUCGCCAAACAUAAUGCAUCAUAAAAUCUUUUACGAUGCUCGGUAAUUCAUUCGAAGAAGUAGACUAAGCAACCAUUAGUUAUGCGCGCGCCAUUCAAUUCAUCUUGCAUGUUUCAUUCAAAUGAAUCCUUUAUUUAUUAUAUUUUCUGCAAUAUCAUAAUCAUAAAUUAUUUAUUUAUUUCAGGUUCGAAUAUUUUCAUUAAAUUUCAUCUAAUGAUAAUAACUUUAAAUAAUUUCUUCCAAUAUUCAAUUUGUUAUAUAAUCUAUAUAAAAAAGAAAAUAUAAAUAUAAAUUUAUAUAUAUAUAUAUAUAUAUAUUAUAUUAAUCAUAUUUAGUCAAUAAAGUUUUAAUUUAACAUGCAUUAGAACAUUUUUAUUGAUUUUUAUUUUCUUCACAUUGUUUUUUAUAUUUUAUGAAAUAUAAAAAUAAUAUACGAUAGAUUUGUUAAAUUUUGAACAAAUCAUCAAUUUUCGUAACCACCGAUGCUUUCCAAUCAUUAAAUCUUUAUCAUUUUCCAUUGAUAAAAUUUACUUAAAAUCGUAAUAAAAAGAAAUGAGUUCAUUUAUUAAAAAUAUUAAUAUUUUCUAGUAUUUUUGAUGAAUUCUCAAACAAAUGAGAUCUAAAAAAAAUAUUUUAAUUAUUUAUCAAAUCCAAUGAUUAAAAUUUAAUUUUAAUAAAUUGAAAUAUAUUAUAUCAUAUUACAUAUAAAGAUUUGAAAAUUAAUAUUAAAAAGAAAAGAAAGCAUUCGUUUUCUUUUAUCUCGAAAUGACCAUGGCCGUAGCUGGAUCUCUCGUCGAGUUCCUCUUUGAAAACAUCUUAAAAAGCCUCAAAGCCAGAGUUUGGAACCGGUCUCGAAUCCAGUGUGGCAUAUCUUUAAAGAAAAAAAUAAACAAAAAAAAUAUAAACGACAAAAUUGUCGAAAAAAAGAAAAAAAUAUCAUCAAUUCGAUUCAUUAAUCGAUGAUAAUAUUCGAUAAUAUUAUAAAAUAUCGAAUUGAUGAUAGGCGUUCUUCUAUUGAAAGAACAAAAAUAAAAUUAUGUGGAAUAUAAAUUAUACUAUAUAAAAAACAGAAGUAAAGAGAAAAAUAAAAAAUUAGAGGAGAUUAAAUAAUGAAAAGAUGUGCGAGUUGAAAACUUAGUUUUCAUCAAGAAGUAUUUUCUUCUUUAUAUUCUUUUCUUCAUCUUCAAUCUUCAAUUCAAGCUAUUCUUCCGCCGUUUAUUAGAUCUUUUUUCAUAUAGAAACUUCGUUUGUCAUAACCUAGAAUAGGGAACUAUAAAUGAAUUUCUUCAAUGUUGGAUUGCACGAACUGUUAAUCAAUUAAUAGUACACAAUGAAACGUUAGUAAUGUUAAGAAUGAGAAAAAAAAAAGAAACUAUAAAAUUUCAAUAUAAAUUAUGAAAUCUAUAACAUAGAUUGUAAGAGUCAAAUUGGUACAUAUAAAUGACUCUGCAGACCAAGGAUGUAUUAUUAGUUCAUCAUUUUUAAACUAGAGCGUGCUUUUAUAAUUCGCUUCAAUGACAUCUGGCGAGCAAAAUCAGAUUCAGAUUUCUCAAUUAUUCUCUGUGUGUAUAUUCAUUGCAGGGUAAAUUCAGUGUCUUCUAGAAUCGACGAGCUCUGAGAACGAAAUGAAAAUAGUGAAAUCAAGAAAGAAAGAUAAGAAUGGUAAAUGGAAUUUUUCUUGAUCUUUAUCUUGAUCGUUGUUCGUAUAUAUAUAUCCAGAGUUCAAUAUUAAUUCCCACUACAAUAUGUGUUUCAAUACACGGUGCACGAUGGUCAGUACACAUGCAUAUAUGCAUAAGCGUGCGUUUCGUUCGGUGUCCAUUUUUUAGAUGAUUGUAAUGAUGUUCGAUGAUGAUAUUCGAAGCAAGACUGUCGAACAAUGUUUCCUGAGUUAAUCUAUUAAUGAUUAGGUGCCGAUGUUAUCUUACUUAGAUAGCAAAAUAAAUCAGCAAUUAAACAUUUUUAAAUAAUUAACCGUUUCGUUAAUAUAAAUGUUUAUCUAUAAUUGAAAAAUCAUUUAUAAUGUUCUCUUGAUAUUUACUUAUUAAUGUUUAACAAUAAUUUCUGACACUAUUAAUUUAAGUCAGAUUUUUGCAAAUCUUUUAAUGGAUCCUUAAUUAUUCAUAAUUAUUAUUAUCGAUCGGAAUUUAACAAUUUAAAUUUUAUUGCCAGAAAACAUAAACAUGUCAAAAUAACAUCGCUAAAAAAUAAAUAAAAAUAUAAAAAGUAAGUCCAUUUGUAACAAUAAUUUGUAUUAAAGCAUCGAGCAUAUUGAAAAGGUUAAUUAUUCAUUAAGAACAUAAAUGUUGAUAUUUUUGAAAGAAAAAUAAAAAUGUUACACUAACUCAGAAAACAUUAUUUCUAUAUCGAUCAAUCGAUCGUUCGAUAAAUCGUCGAUGAAUCUUCGACUGAAUCUUUGAUGGGUUUUCGAUGGAAUCUUCCAAUGUGUGCCAAAGAUUCAUGAUCCGCGCGAAAUCCUCGAUAAAGCUCGUCGUUCUCGCUUAGAGAAUAUUCGCCUUCCGCGGAUCUUUUCAUGUUCUUCCUCGUCCUCUUUACAUAAUCAGCGUAUUUCCCUCGCGAAAUUUGGACUAUUUUUUAGACGAUUAUUUUUCUUAAUUGCGUGCGUCAUUGCAGUUAUUGACUUUUUAGCGAAGAAAAAGAUUCUUGAUUGUGUCAUCUUAAAAAAAUAAUUAGAAAGAUUGACAUUAAAUCACAUUUUUCUUUUCUUCGUUUUAAUGUCGAGGACGCGAGAAUGAUGUGCAAUAUGGUAUCAAGUAUGUAGCUAACUGAAGUUAGCUAGUUCAGCGAUCGAAAAUUUUUUUCUAGCUUUAUCUUCUUCGAUCGCUCAAAAUUUGAAAUCUUUUUGUAAAUAUUUAUAUUCAUGUCGUUGUAUAUAUUUAUCAAUUUAUUCAUGUUCUUUAAUAUCAUUUUUUAAAUGAUAUUAUUUCAUUAAUUUCAUCAAUCGGAUUAGCAUUUGUUUUUCUAUUUAUAAUCUUAUUUUUAUUAUACUUUUAGCCCCUUACAUGAUCAAUCCAUGAUAGUCAUUAUCAUUCUAAAAAAAGGAAGAGUUAUAAGAAAAUCAAAAAGAAUUAUUCCUUAGAAGUUACAUAUAUUUAUGUUUUUUAAAUUUUAUUUUAUUUAUCAUUAUUAUAUUGCAGGAAACAAUUUAUUGUAAUCAUUGAUAAUUUUUAAAAUAGAAAAACUGUAUAUAAAUUUGAAUAGAUAUUACAUUUAUGAUUUUGAUUUAAUUUUUUUUAUUUUUUCAAUAACCAAUUACAAUAAUUUUGAAUAAAAUUAAAAUAUGAAUUCAUUAUAAAAAAAAGAAAAAAAUCGAAAAUAUUUUAAUCAUUCAUUUAAAUCAUAUUGAUUAUGCAAGAGGUUAAUAUAAUCGGUAAUUCAUCGAUAAUUUGCUCAGAUAAUGUUCGAAAACAAAAUUUUCAAUCGAACAUUGUCAUUUAUUCGAAAUAUUAUAUAUCUAUAUGUUCAUUAUAAUAUAUAUUAUUAUAUAUUAAUCGCAAUUUUAUUUUCAAGAAAAAAUGUGUGAAAAGAAAAUAUCAACACGUUAAAUUGAAAUUCAUUCACUUUUUACGUUUAUAUGUUAACUAAAACUAAAUUAUUCAUUGUAAUAUUAUCUAUAACAUCGUUAUAAAUAAUGUAAUAUUAUUUAUAUUAUAAUGUUAAUAACGGUUACGAUUGUAAAAAGAUGAUAUUUGAUCAUGCAUCGACGUUCUCGACGAAGUAAUUUUCUCUUUUCUCACCGAUUAUAACCUCACUUGCACUCGCACACGUAUACACCGAGGCCAUGGCCAAAAUAAGAAAAAAUAGUAACAAAAGAAGAAAGACCGAAAUUAAGAAAUGAAGAAAAAAAAAAUACAACAAAUAAUUUUUACUCUGCUGGAUCUUCUCGUUAUCCUCUUCGUCUUCGCGAUUUCACAUGAUUCUCUUCGCAACCCGUCGCACCCCUUGUCCCUUCGCUCUCUAUCGUCGAACGUAUGAUGACAACGUAUCGUUAAACGUACGAUGACGACGUUAAACGUGCGAAAAGAAAAAUAACAGAAAACCGCAAGAAAAAUGGUGGAAUAAAAAGAAAAAGAAGAAAAAGUAAGAUUAGAAACAAUAUGGCGACGACAUCGUCGCUCGCGCACCUAUAGAAGCAACCUCUGCUCAACUGAAACUUAAAAAAUCAGAAUGCAAAAACGACAGAGGGAAUGUAAAGCAGGUUUCUGAAGCAAACAAUUCGAGAAACACACACACACGUGAAUUACAUAUAAAUAUAUAUAUAAUAUAUAUAGUAUAUAUCGAAAAGAACAAGCUGAAGAAAAAAAAAAUUAGCGAGAGAGACGCUGUAUGAUUGUGUAUAUCAACAAUAAAUAAUUGCUGUGAUUAGAAUCGAUUAUAUUAGUAAGUAGUUAAGAACAAUUUUUAAGGCACAGAGAUCGCAGAGAGAAGAACAAAAAACGGGGGAAAAAAAGAUGGAAGAAAAAAGAUGAUAAAAAUAACGAAUGCUUGUAUACGAUCAUCGUAGUAAUUCGACAAAUGUUGAGUGAGUAUGCGUGUAUUCGUGGAUGUAUAUGCGUGAAUGCAAAAGAAAUAAUCUACAUGAGAGGAUAAAAAUUGGAGAAGAUAGUGAUCGACGGAUGAAGCAAAUUGUGCAAAAAGUGACUCAGACGCGAAGAAAAGGUGAAAAAACAAGAAAAAAGAUAAAAAGCUCUAAAGAAGAGGGUAAUACGUUUUAUUUAUUUAUUAUUUUUUUUUUCUCCUAUUUUUCAAAGAAUGAAAUAUGUGCGCGCGUGCGUGUAAUCCUCCUCACGAUGAUCCGUGUGUUUCAGGGAUAUAGAGAUCCAGAUCGAUGUUUUAUAGAAGAAAAAUAAGAGAGGCGGUUGCCGCGCGCAUUUAUAUAGAAAAGUUAUAUAUACACAGGUAUAUUGUGAUCUUUUCACUCAACUCAUUCUCUUCGACGAUUACAGAGAUCUGAUUUAAUUCUCGACAGGUUUUAUAUGAAAAGUAAAAUGUAAUUUUUUUUUUUUCGAAAUUAAAAUAUAUUGGAUAGAUUAUUGUAUUGUUGGUGGAAUUGAAAUGAUGAUGAAACUGAUAUUGUAAAAUUAGAAUUGAAUUUUAUUUAUUUAAAAUAUUUGUUUCUCAUUCAAAAAAUUUAAAAUUUAUUUAUUUAUAUUAAUAGCUAAUAUGUAUAAAAAGCAAUUUCUAAUUGUAAUAAAAUAGUUAUAUAUAUCUAAUCCAGUUAUAAAUCUUAUAAUAUAAGUUUGGAUUAUUAUUAUUUUGAUUUGAAUUUUUUUUAUAGUGAAUAUAUUUAAAUAAAAUUUAUUUAAAUAUAUUCACUAUUUAUUUAUUUUGUUUUAUACAAUGCAUAUUUUUAUACAGAAAUUUUAAAUACCAAUAUAAAUGAUUUAAAUCUUGAAAUUAAAGGUGCUUAAUAUAGAGGUGCAUAAAAUUUAAGUAGCUUUUUAUAAAACAUGAUUGUAUAAAUCAAUGUUACUAAAUAAGCUUUAAUUUAUGAUUUCAUUUUAUUAGUUCCAUCAACAAAAUAAUUUAUUUUGAAAUUUAUGCUGAAUUUUCUCAAUAAAAUUUAGCAUAAAAGAUUUUUUUAAAAAUACUUUAUUAUAUUUAAACAUCUUUUUCUUGCUAAUUCAUAUUCAUAUAAUCUUAUAAAUAUUACAAAAAUUUAAUAAUAAAUUUUAUAAAUUUCAUGAUUCGACAAAAAACUAGUUAAUUAAAGUAAUAAAUAACAUUGUAUUAUUUGGAUCUUAAGGGUGCAUUAAAAGCUAUGUCAAAAAAAAUAGUCAAGUUUAAUUAAAAUUUUCUUAGCUAAUAAGUAAUAAGUACUUUCAAAAUAUUUUGAUAUUUGAGAUAAAAUAUGAUAUUUAAUAAUCACUUGUGUCUUUAGUUAGAUAAGUGUUUUUACUUAGAAGGCUGUGAGGAAAAAUGUUCAUUAAAAAUAUUAUAUACAUUUCUACAAGUUUAAUGUAUUAUAUACAAUAUAUUAUUUAAUUUUAAAUUAUAUAUAGUAUUAAUGCGUAUGCUCAAUGUAAACUAAUACCAUACAUUCAAUGUUAAUAUUCUUGUAUUAUCCAAGUAUAUAUAAUAUACUUGGAUAAGUAUAAUAUUUUUUUGCAGUGUAUUUUAAAUCACCCUUAAGUGUUCCAAUUACUAAUAAUAAUACAACGUGAAAUAAUUUAAAGAAAACAAAUAAUUAUUGACUCGAUAUUUUUGAAGAAAGACUAUAAAUUGUUUUUGAAGAUUAAGAAAAAACAAAUUUAUUUUUCAAAUAAUCACAAAUAUCACAAAAAAUUAUGAUUUGAGUGAAAAGUUCAUUGUGACGAAAGAAAGAGCUAUUUGUGUUCUAAACUGUCCUAGUGAGUUUGGAUAGUUGAUACUUCGCGCGAAGAACGAUGGCUAAUGCGAUAUUUCGUCAUUUCUUUUUAAUCUCGUUGUAUAUUCUCGAAUGAACGAGGUAUCGUCACUAUCCAUUGUGCUUCAAUCAAACCAAAUACUUAAAAAAGAAAAAAGAAAAACAUAAAAAAAUGAAGAAAAAUUCACUUUAUCAAACUUCGUUGAUGGUUUUUCUCAUUCAAUCGUCUGAUUAACAUAAAAUCAUUUUUAUGCCCGUGAUUUCCAUUAUAUAAUUAAGGAACCAUCAUCGAGGCUGAUGUACACCAGAAGCAUAUCCGGUGACACAUAUGACUAGGUUACGAAAUAAUUAAUCUCUCUUCUGCUCCAAUAAUAAUCAAGCUCCAUAUAUUUAUUCAGCGUGUAUUAUCUCGUGAAAUGGAAAAUCUGUAGACUAAUCGUAACUAAUUAUUCGAGACGUUUCUAGCUCGUAGCAUAUAUUUUCGAAUCAGCCGAUUCUUUCGUAGUAUAUAGUAACUGCUAUAGCUCGUUUGCCAUAACUUAAUUUCUUUUGAUCUACAAUGAAAAGGAGCCACAUUUCUAAAGAGAUCAGAACAAAUAAAAAUAAUAAUUCCAUUAGCUUCUUAAAGGUCAAAUUAUUUUACAAAAUUCGAUAAAAAUACAUAAUUUUAUCUUAAAGUUCAAAUUCAAAAUUAUUUCAAAUUCAAAAUAAAAGAGAGAGAGACUUAAUCUAACUCAUGAUUAUGAUAUAAUUAUACUCAAUUUUGUAUACAUUUAAAAUGAAAAACCAAAUUAACUUGAGAUAAAUAUAAUUGAAAAAAAAUGAAAUGAUUCAAGUAUGGUCUUUAAGGGGUUAGUCAACGGAAUAAUGAUAUACAAUUUAUCCAGAGGCGUUCAAAAUAAUGUCAAGUGUUUCAUUUAAUCCUUUUCAAAUUGCUGCUAUUAUUUAUGAUUAUUCGUGUAAAAAUGAUUGCUAAAACAGAAAAAUAAAUCAGAAUAAAGAAUGCAAAAAAAAAACUUCAUAAGUCAUAAUACAUGAAAUCUGUAUUCUUAGAAUCUUAAUCUUGUUUUAAAAUUAUAGGUUGAAUUAUGAAUUUUGAUUUAUUACAAUAAUUCUGGUUCUUAUAUAGAAUCAAAUAUUCAACAAAAUGAAAAAUUAUACAAUACCUCUAAUAUCAAGUAUAUUUUAUAUAAGUUAGAUUUAUAAAAAUAGAGUGAAAUAGGUUAUUAUUACUGACUGAAAUCCAUAAAUUUUGAAUAAUCUAAAACUUUGAAUGAAAAUUAUAAAAUACUAUCAACAAAUUUUAUUUAAUUCUUGUUUAAUUAUUGAUUCUAUAAUAAUGUAUGUAAAGAUGUUUCUGAAACAAAAAAAUAAAACAGGAUAAAGAAGUAGAAAGAAAAGAUUGAGAAAAAAAGGAAAAUAUAAAAUAAAUCAUGGACACUUGGAACAGCCUAUACCUCUAGAAUCUCAAGCUCCUUCAAAAUUUGUAGAUUAUAUAUUUUACGAAUUCUGAUUUCUGAUCAGGAUUUCUACGAAAUUAUUUAACAUUUUUAUUCUCGAAUAUUCAAUAUGAUUCGUAGAAUUCCUGACAAGUUAUAAGAUAUCUUCAGCUAAUGUCAACUAUACUACAAAUGAAAUGGUAUAGGUUAGGUUAUCAAUUGAAAUUGAUUCGUAAAUUUUUCGAUAUUAUUCUAAAUAAAAAUUGGAUUAUUUCAACGUUCUCAUUACAAAAACCUAUGAAGACACAAAUUAUUCGUCAAAUAAUCUUUCGUGCAGAACAAAUCAUUGUAUUUUGAAUCCUUGUUUCUUUUUUCAUGAUUCCAUUAUUUACACGAUUCCAGCUAUAUUCCAGUUACGAGCAGUUUGAUCAGAAAAACAUAUAUCGCGUAUCGGUCUUUUGUUUCUCCACAAAGUAUAAUAAGAAGAGUUAUUAAUCGUAGAUUUUUCUCGAUCCCAAUUCUCUUCAAUAAUAUAUAAUCCUCCUUAUUCGUCUCGCAAUUUGCCCUCGACGAACAAAAUUUAUUGAAACAAAGCGAGAACGUUGCACGCGUCAACGUCGAUAGGAAACGCGAUCGUAUCGUUGUGGCGUAGAGCAAUCUGUUAGUGCAGGGGCCUUAUCCUAACUGCGCGGGUUCUGAUUGGUUGUUAUCGCGGUACCAUGUGACCAUUACCUUGUAUCAUGGCGAUCACUUGUUUCGAGUCGAAACUAACACAAAACAUUUUCACUGAUUGAAUUAGUAUUUUAUUCAUUAUAUAUGCUAACAAAUGAUUUUUAUUAUGAAAGAUAUUUCUACAGAAUAUGAUAUAUAAUUACAAUAUAAUAUUGUAAUAUAAAAAUAGAAUUAUAUUACAAUAUAAUAUACAUAUAUUGUAGAAUAUAUAGAAUAUAUUAUAAUAUAUAAGAUAUUCUAUUGUAAGGCUUUACUUAAUAUAGAAAUACAUAAUACGUGCUUUACAUGUGAAUAUUAUAAAAGUUAUUUUUAAAAUUUAAUAAUUUUUAUUUGUGUCUUAUUGUGUCUUAUAUCUGGAUCAGUAUUGCAUGCAAGAUUAAUUACUGAUUCCGAUUGAGACUUGCACAGUGAAGGUGUUAUAAAGGAUUUUAUUCGACGAUAUUUUUGCCAAUCAGGAAUAACUUUUAUAAUGUAUUGUUUGGAAACAUUGAAAAAUUGAAUUUAAUGUUGCGUUUAUGAAUUUUAAUAUCUUUAUGAUUAUAUUAUUACAUUAUGAUUACAAAGUAUAAAAAUAUUUUAAAUAGAAUAAUUAUUCAAAUUUUAUAACUUUGCAAUUAAAUUAUUUAUAAGCUUGUUUUUUUUUAAAUUUUUAGAAGAACAAUCUUUAGAAGAAAUAGGAUUAUUGUGACAAGGCAAGCACAAUAAAUCAAUUAACUAACAAAUGUGCAAUAUUUUUUAUUAUUAUACGAAUUUUUAUGUUUUUAUUUUUAAUCGUUUUAUUGAUUAUAUUUUCAAAACCAACAAAGAUCGAAUGUUAUUAAGAUCAUAAUAGAGACAUAAUGCCCAAACUAAUAAAAUUUUCGAUAAAAUUUUUAAAUAUAUAUAUAUAUAUUAUCCAAACAGUAUUAUUUAUAUUUUCAUCUUUUUUCAUCUAAAAAAAAAUGACUUAGUAAUUUAUUCUUUUAUAUGUAUUAUAUUCAAUAAGCAUAGAAUCAAUAGUUUUUGAAACAUUUUAAAUACAUUUAAUCUCACAUAUCACAUAAACGUAAAAAGAUUAUAUUUGCUCAAUAUAGAAUAUACUUAAAAAAAAUAAAAAAUCAUUUUCUAUUAAAAUCAUAAUUUUUCAAAUCUUUCAAAAACAAUACAUUAUAAAACCAAAAUUGAAUUAUAUGAUAAGCAAAUUGAAUUAUUAAAAAUAUUAACAGAAAUUUUGUACAAUAUGAAAUAGACAUAGAACAAUAAAAUAACGAUAAUUAGAAUCCUUAAUGCCAAUAGAAAGUUGAUUUCUCGAUCGACGAGAGGAUCGACGCGUGUAAAGGCGAAUGUAGACAUGGGUCCGCGAUGACCCGUAUCAGUUGCCCAACCUUAACCGUAACGCAAGGCAAUCAGCUAAGAAAUAACUUAGUUUUUAUAGGAUAUUGAAGCGCAUGCGCCCUAUUAAUUAAGGGGCGCGGAAUUAAGGGCAAGAAUUUAAAAAAAAAAAAUAAAGGACCUUUUAGUUCUCUCGUCUGAAGGGCGCGUGGAAGAAGAAAAAAAGACUCGAGCGCGAUUUUGAACGGCCGCGCGAAGAUUUACUCAGUGGCAUAUUUUUCUGUAACGAUUAAGCGAAAAUAAGAAAAAAAAAAAAGAGAGAAACACGAGAGAUAAAGAGAGAAAAAGAAGAAAAGAGAGAUUUGUGUGUGUGCGCGCGUGCAUGUAUGUGUGUGUGCGUGUGCGUGUGAAAACAAACGGAAAUAUAUGAACAAGUAGUAUUCAUGGGAGAGAAAUGGUUAAAUGUAAUGAAAGAAAGCGAGGGAUCGGGAAGACCUCGAGAGAAUACGCGAAGAAUAAAAAUUAGAAAUGAAGGCUGAUUUUUAAUCCGUAAAAUUGGAAUUCGAAACUUUCGAAAUCCAAAAUAUAUAUUUUUUUAUAUUCUUUUUUGUUUUUUUUUCUUUUUUUUUUUAUGAAGAUUUUGUCAAGAAAAUAUAAAGAUCUUAGCCAAUUUAUAAAAAAUUGAAUUAUUUUAUUCUUUCUUUAUAUAAAUUAUUACAAUGAAUUAAUGAAAUUAUAUCAAUUAAUAUAAGUUCAAUAUUUGUUUAAAUAUAAAUAUUAUUUGUUUUAAUACAAUAAUUUUUAAGAAUUUCAAGUUAUAAGAAUAGCAAAAAUUUUAAAUUCAAUUAAUUCGAAACUUUUGUAGUUUCGAAGGUACGAACGUCCCAUCCCUAACAAAAAUAUGAAAAGAAAGAAUAGCACACUCGAAAUUAAUUGAAUCGCAGAGAUGCAUGGAUGCGCGCGAGAUAUAUGUGUAAUUGUUUUCCAUUUUACGUGUGCCAAAAAGUAAAAUCGAAUGAAACGAGAUAGAUGCAAGAGAAAAAGAAAGAAAGAGAGAGAGAGAGAGAGAAUAUAUAUUGAGAUCAUGAAAAUCAUCUGGCGAACGGCUCAAACCGUGUGCCAAGCUUAUAUAAAAAAAAAAAAAAAAGAAGAGGAAGAGAUAAAAUCGCGGACUGAUUAAUUACGUGUGCCAAAUCGUCGUUACACAGACACAUACGUACGUAUAUACAUGCAUAUAUAUAUAUACACACAUAUAUAGAGACAUUACACAUAUACGUAUAUACAAUUGUCAUACCGCUGCAGCUGUUCUCGAAUAGCGAACUCUUUGCCUGCCGAUUUUUCGUGUUCCCUUUUGUUCGCGUAUUUAAAGAGAGCCAGCCGUUGUUCUUCGUUCUCCGUGCUUCUUCGUUCGCGCUUAAAAUAAUUCUGCCUUCCUUAAUUAAAAUUUUCUGUCUUGCAUUUUUUUAAAAUUUUUCAAUAGAAAUAUUCCUUAACUACUUUCAAAUAAAGUUAAAAAGUUCUAUUUGAUUGUUCUUUAGAGAUAUAAAAUCAGAUCUGAUAUUAUUAUUCUUAGCAAGAAUAUCUUCCGUUCUUCGUAUAUUAGAAAAUGCUUGAUAAAAUAUUUUAAUUGAGGAGGUAAGAAUUAUUCUUGGAUCUGUGUAUGGAUCUUAUUUGUAGAUAUAUUUGUACGGUAGAUAGAUUUUCUUUCUUUCCCAAUGUUUUAUGCGUUUUAUGCGGAAAGAGAGUGAUAGAUUUUUGUGCAAAAAUGAAGUAGGAUUUGUACGUAAAUAGUGGCUUCGAUAGGGAAAGACAGGAAAAAUCGGCAUCGAGCGAGGGAAGAGAUUUGGUUGGAUUGCGACUUAUAAAAUGUUCCUUUGGAAGAAUUUUUGUAGAUUUUUCUCUGAUGCGAUUAUAUUCUUCUUAAAUAAUACUUCUUAAAUACUUGGUGGAGAAAAAUUUAUAGAAAUUUUUAUUAAUCCUGUUACAUGAUAUUUUUUUAAUUCAAUUAAUUAAUACAUUUUUUUUAUGAAUUUUCAAUAUGAAAGCUAUCAAUAAUAUUUGUGCCAAACAAUAUAAUUAUCAUUAUAUCUAGUCUUCCUUACGCAAUUUAUAUCAUUAUAUAAUUUUAUUACAGAAUCUUAGGAUAAAUUAUUAUCGAAUUGCAUUAACGAUCAUUAUAACCUCUUUAAAAUAAAAUUAAAAAUUAUACGCUAAUAAAAGAGAAUAUUUCUUUUAAUAUUUUUAAGUUUCUAAGUAAAUAAUUAUAAAAUUACAAAGUAAAAAAACACAAUUUUAUAUAACAGGUAAAUAUCUUAUAAGAAUCUUCGAAAGAACAUUUCAUCAGUUGCAAUCGAUCAAAAAAAUAAAGAAUUUUAUCGAAUCAUACGUAAAUUAAGAAAGGCCCAAAAAUGGGUCUCGAAGGACAGGGAUUAUAUAAAAAAAUAUACGAUGGUACGAUCUUCUACCGUUGGGAUCUUUAAUUGUUUGCAUCGAUGUUCACGAUCCAUUCGAAAGAUCGUCUCGUCUAAUGGAGAUAACGGGGUAACGUGCUUCCGUUACACGAAUCAAGCAAGUUGAUACACUUCCUCCCAUUUAUGUGAUUUUUCACCUUGUCUUCCUUUUUAUUUGUGCUCAUCUUCUUCGAUAAUUACACGAAUUCACGUUCGAUACAUUGACGAAUUUCCAGCGUUGCUUGUUGAUCCAUGAUCAAAAGGAGAAAUGUAAUUUCUGAACUAAAAAAAAAAAAAAAAAAAAGUCUGAUUAAUAAUUAGAAAUAAUUGUUCUUUAGAAAUUGCUUCAUCGUAUCUCAUUGCAUAUCAAUUUUUUAGGGAAAAAAAAAGUAUCUCGUGUUAUCGUAUAGAUAAGAUGAUUGUAACGAUGUUAGGAAUUGAUCUCACGAGUAUUUUGUAAAAUGUAGACAAUUUAAAGUAAGAAGAUUUAUGCAAGUUUUUUAACACACAAAAUUACUCCAGUAGAAGAUAUCUGAUAUAGAAAUUCUGAAAUUCUUUGUGAAUCAGAAAGAAGUCGAGAUUUUUGUGAGAAACAAUCAUACCCAAUGUAUAACGUAACACUAGCCUUUUUAUAUUUGAAUAACAAAAAUGGAAUAUGUAUAUUUCAAGCUUUGUAAUUUCACACUGGAUAAUGCCAAUGAAAAUUAUUUUUUGAACUAGGCGUACUUUUAAAAUGUAAUAAUUUAGAAAUCAUCUAUGAUCCUAAUUAUUGUACUGUAAUUACAUAUUAAAAAUUACACAAAAUUAAGACACAUCAUUAAAUAGUGAAUUUUUUCUACGGUAUAAUAGUUAAAUAUCGUUGAGACAGUUGAUAAAUUAUUAAAAAAUUUCAAUAAUACUUUUUUACUAUUAAACAUGGCGCUGAACAUGUGUCAGAGAAUUUAACAAAAUAUAUAACGAAUUUUCGAAUAAAAACUUGUUCAAAAGAACAAUCAUGGAUCAUAGUAAAGCAACGCAAUGGAAAAUCAAUAUUUGUGUCAAUAUUUUAAACGACGUUAUUCUACAUUAUUAUGUUGGCUCUUCUAACAGAUCGAAGAAACGAAGGAGAAACAUUCUAUACGAAAAGUCGAAAAAAAAAAGCACAUUAAGGAAAAAAGAAAAGAGAUAUUAUAAACACUUAGAAAAAGACAUCCUUUCCUGUUUCCUUUGCACAUCACAUCCGCACUCAACGAUGGAUAAAUCCGUAUUACCAUUAAUAAUCAUUCUUCAAGCUGAUGAUUCCUUCUCUUCCUUCACGUUCGACGCCUUUCCUUUUUAUCUUCCUCGGCCGAUAUCGACUUAUGUUAGAAAGCCUUUACGAAAACAGGGUCAUACAAAUACUUACGUGUAAUACGAGUAUUUUAAAUUUUUAAAUCGCGGUUAAAGAGACAAGAAAGGAGAUUAAGAAAAAAAAAAGAAAAAAAAAGAUGAAAAUGUGAAAAAAGAAAAAAAAAAAGGAACAAAAAGCGAUGUAAGCGAUGAAAGAAGAAACAAAAAAGCAAACGUAGUGGUGUGCAACGUAUAACGUGAACAAACUAAAUAGGAGAUGUAAACAAAAAUAAACAAAAAAAAAAAAGAUGAAUAAAAAUUUUUACAAAAAAAAAAAGCUUGAAAAUGUUGAGUGAAAGAAAGAGAGGGAGAGCGUGAGCGAGCGAGAGAUAGACAAAGAAAGAGAGAGAGAGGGAGAGAGAAAGAUGUAGUGCCACGAAAGGAAAUGCGUAUAUAGAGAAAAAAACGUUGCGACUGCGUCUUUCAAAGCGUUCUCGUUGGAUAAAAGAACAAAGCGUCGCUUUUUAUAACGUGUUGCUGCGAAAAUAUAUAUGUAUAUAUAUGUGCGCAUAGAGCUGCAUACUGUAUCGCAUGUGCAGAUGCAAACUAGCGAGGUCUGCGAACACAGGAAAUAGGAUGGGCACCGUACUUGAUCGCGGUAUCUAUUCGUCGACCGAUCAAUCGUGCUAAUUCGAUCGAAUCCUCGCCGAUUUGUCAGUUCUUUUCAACUUAUUUGUCGAGCUUUCAGGUUAAUCUUUUCGGCACAAGAUGUACUAGAGGUAUAUCUUGCUAUACCUCUUUGCAGAGAGGCGACAAGAUUGCUUUGAACAGUGCGAAAUAAAUUUAGAAUCGAAAUAAUGAAAGGAUUUUAAGAAAUGAUAGAUUUUUGCAGUUAUAUUAAUCUUCCAAGUGAAUCAGCUGUUAGGAGUAAUCAAUUAUUGAGGAUAUUCGAUCGUAUCGCGAUCGAUCAGAGAUUAUAUAUAUAUAUAUAUAUACAAUAUAUAUAUAUAUAAAAUACGUUUUGUAAAAUCCUUUGAUGCACGCGAUAUUUGUAUUAAAAAAUAAAAGGAGACGUACAGAGAGACAAAUACGUACAUUAGAAGUGCAUGAUAAGAAUAGUAGGGCGAUUAACUUACGCCAAAAGGGGAGAUUUUUUUUUUAGAAGUAUAGAGAUAACGCGAGCAAGCAUGGAGAUAAGCGAAAUAAGACACAUGCUGUAAGUAGACGGUGCAUACGGUGCCAUGCAAGAAUAAUAUCUUGAAAAUGAUCGAUGGUUGUAAGCAAUCUUUUCGUCGUGCUAGUGAGCACGAGAAGAUAGAUACACGGAUGAAGUAUCCGUGAAAUAACGUUAAAUUGCAACUUGGAACAGCUUUCAACCUAUUAAUCUUGAACUGGUAACGUAUAUAUACGUAUAUAUACAUAUAGCCAUAUGUGUAUAUAUAAACGAUAUACAAUUACUAUAAGCAUAUAAGAAAUAUAAUUUAUAUAGCUGUAUUCUACGUCAUCAGUACAUGUAGGACAGGCUUGCGAGUGUUCACAUGUGAUCAUCGUCUCAGCCGGCGUGAGAGUGCUUUAAAAUUUAGAGACUGUGUGAGUGAGAGAGAUAUUAUAUAUAUAUAUAUAUAUAUAUAUAAAUAUUAAAAGAAAAAAAGGUAUAUAUAAUAAUAAAUAGAUAGAGAGAAAGAGAAAGAUACCGAAAGAGGGAGAGAAAAAGAGAGAAAAAUACACUAUACCUUGUAGUCGACGUUACAUAUCUUUGCAAUUCAUUCGUUAGAGAGCAUAAAGAAAUUGUCUGUUAGGCGAUUCAGCGACGCCCCAGCGAAUUAUAAUAUUACGUGUCUGUUUAAUCCAAAGGCAAGACCAAUCGCGCGAUUCGAACAAUCCAAUCUUAGAAAAGGCGUCGCUGGUCGACUGUGCGAUUGAUUAUUAUAUGGGAAUCGAUACGAUAGACCCGUGGGAUAUGACGCACAGACGACCCAGACCUGGCCCAAAAGUCAGUCUACAUAUCAGACUCUAGUUUAGCAUCAGGUCCCCUUCUCAGAUUCCAAUCGUUUCUUCGAAUUUUUUGGUGUAUUUUUUCCGAUUCACGGCUCCGCCUUUUAUUCGUCGAUGAGAUUAUCUCAAAGAUAAGAUCUCAUGUGUAUAUGCGUGACACAUAGCAGAACCUGCUGAAACGAAAAAGGAACGAAGUCGGUGAAUCAGACAGUUUAUCGAACUUCAAAUCCAUCGAUCUCUCCUUCCUGAAUCAUGAUAUGCUCACCUUCUCCAUGGUGAUUUCGAGUCGACCGGCUCUCCAGUUGUCAAGGUCGAUCAUAGUCAUCCUCCUCAAGGAUCUUCGUCUGGGAUUUUUCCUUCUUUCCUUGAAAAUCAAGCUACAUCCUAGAUUUAGAAAAACUUAUUCGUAUCGUCAGUUACUGCUAUUACUCUAUUUACCAAUGCUACCUAACUGUAACCGGCAUUAAUACCGCUACUAUAUCGCCCCGUUAUCCAAUUACCGCGAUCAAAAUCGUUAAUCGUCCCAUUUCGCUUACCGAUAAUUAGUUUGAUGAGAAAUUUACAAAUCCUCGAAAUUUUAAUUCGAUUUUGAUUAAAAUUCGAGGACUGUAACGAGAGGCUAGAGAUUCUUUCGAAAGGACAUUUAAUCAUUGAUACUUUUUUUCGUAGAAAGAUCGAAACUUUAGAUAUAUUUUUACACGAUAUAUUGUAAUCGUAUUUCUUCAUCUCAUCUCUUCCUUGUUUCCUUGUUUUGAUUUUUGGCAUCAUUGCCAUCCUUCGAUCGUGGUGGACUGAGAGAAAAUUGUAAUAUGUAAUGCAAGUUGUUACAUCUUUGAAAACAAUCAUUAUUGUGUGUGUUUUUUGAGACUUGAUAGUUGUUUCGAAACAUUGUUAAAAAAUCAUAAAUGAUAAACAUUUUUCGAGAUUUUAAAUACACCUAUUAUUUUAAUUAGUGGUUGAUAAUAUAGUAAUUAAUAAUUAACUAUCGAGGAAUUGAAAAAAAAUUAUAAUUUUAUAAGAAGAGACAAUACAUUAUAAUAAAAAGUUAAUAAAAAUUGUACAAUUAUAUGUACAAAAGUGAGAUAGGAAGGUAUAUGCUCAAAUUGGCAUUUAGAAUUUUCAUACUAUAGAACUGAUAAAAAAUAUAGCAUUAAAACUUUCAUAAAGUGAUAUUCUAAAUGUAGUAAUGUAGUAUCGUUAUUAUGGCUUCAAAGCUUAAUUUUUCUUUACAAAGCACGUCUAGCUAAAAAAAAUAAUUAAUAAUUAUAAAAUCUCGAAAAAUAAAAAUUUCACGAUAUUAAUUAUUUCGAAACAUGUAAUUAAAAAUUUCAAAAUUAUUUUAUAUUAUUUAUCCAAUUUUUCGAUAAUUUUUUUAAAAAUAUGCAUCUGAUAAUGAAAAUAUAUAUCUAUAUGUGCAUAUAUGUGUAUAAUUUUUAUUGCAUAGUAUUUACAGCUUUCUCUCAGCGUACAGCCCUGCAUCCAUUUCAAUAUCCAUUUCAUUUUGAAAUCUCUCAGAAAUCGAAAAUUAUUCUGUAGAAGUCGUAAAAUUGUAUUGUGAUAACUGUAAGACAUGCAAUUGGUGGAAGUUAAUUAACAUAGACAAAAUUCAGGAAACAAAUUUUUCGAAAUAUAAAUAUUAAUUGAUCUUAUUUGAUUAAUACAAUUAUAUUCUUCCAUCUUGCGAACUGAAUUCAGAAGCAAUGCUCUCUCAUAGCAAUCUGUGUUGUUACGUAUUAAUAUCAUUUUACGUAAAUUACGAUGCGUAUUUUUACAUAAUUUAUAUGUUGUUGAUUAGUUGCUAUACGUAGAUGAACGAAUAUUCAUCGUGCGACUUCCGUGAGUUAUCUUAACUCUUUCGCUAUGUAAACAAAUAUUCAAUCGUGUAAUUAAAUAAGCAUACAUAAAUUUUUUUUUACAAAUUAUUCGUGAAAUAAAUGCAUAAUUUAUCGAAAAUUUUUAACAAUAAAAAUUGCGUGUGAUUAUUGAUAGUAAUUAAUUAAACAAGUAAUUAUUUCUAUUUAUUUUCACUUUGUGCACAAUUUUAAAAGAUAUAGAUGUCCUAAUAAAAAAAUCGAAUAAUUAAUUAUUGAAAUUACAAUUAUCUAAAUUAAAAUUAUAUAAAAGCGAAAGAGUUAAAUGUUAUAAAAUAAAAAGAAUCAUCUUAUGCAACUUAAAAAAAAACAGACCGUACAUUGAAAAAAAAAUGUAUAGUUACGAAUGUUAAUUUUUCACGAUGAUUUUCGUUCUACCUUUUCAUUUUUCUUUUCUCAGUUGCUCAAAAAUUCCCUCUCCACCACUAUGGAGAAUGUUUCUUGUUAAAUAAUAAUUGAAAAAUUUGUCGAUCGAUUCGUUUCUACUUUAGAAACGAGACAAGAUAGCCUAUAUACACAUAAAAAAAAAAUAAAUUUUUUCCUUUUGCUUCGGCGAUAUCACAAUAUCUGAUUUCUCCGCGGGAGAUAAAAUCCGCGUUUUACCACGAGCAUUGUAUACGUACGUGAAUUUUUAUUGCCGUUUUUAUUACACAGACAGCGCAAAAGUGGUCGAUAAACGACGGUUUCCCGCGUAAAAUCAUCACGUGACUCGUUAUGUUUUGUGUUAUUGUUUUACUACUUCACAUGUUCGGUCAUGUAAGCGAUUGUACAUAUAUAUAAAACGUGCACACGCAAUUGUAAUUUGUCAUCAGUGUUAAAACUCGAGUGUCAACUAGGACUGCCGAGCGAUGAAUUACUCGUUCUGACAGAUAUAUACUUUCGGAAUAUAUAAUACACGUAUUAUAACGUAUACAUAUAAUAUGUAUAUUAUGUAUCGUAUACAGGGAUAUGUAGCCCGCACAGUUAACCAUGACCAAAAAGUGCCGAAACAUUGGCGAAAAAAUCGAAAACAAAUGAAAAAAAUAUAAGCAAAAAAGUAUACAUAUAUUAUUCCGGAUCGUAAAACGCACGGUCAGGAUAUCGAAUCUACGAUCGUGCGUACGUAAAGCACGAGCAUAGAUACAUACAUGUAUGGGCAGUGCUCAUGUACGCGUACACGCGCAUAUACAUAUAUAACAAGAAAAGAAAAAAAAAGAAAGAAAAAAUACGACAGUUUUCGUAUUACUACAGCAGCAGCUGCACCUCUUUUUUGAUUCUCACACACGCACUCACACGAUCUUGAAUCAAACAUUCUUUUUUAGCGGUCAGAGAGAGGGAUCGCGGAUUUACCACCAUUCGAAUAAAGAUUUAAUGUUUGUAAGGGCAAUAACGAUUGUAAAUUUUUCGAGUACACUGUAUUUGAAUGUGUAAGUUGCAUAAAAAAGACAGAUUUUUUAGAUAUUGCACUAUAAUAUUUAUUAUUCUAAGGUAACGAGACGGUCGCGAUUCGCCGCGCUCGCGAUAUCUUCCCCCCUUCCCCCUCCCUCCAACCCUCACUUCUUAUGGCCUCGAUCGCAUCGAGAAUCGAUGCCCGGGAUCAAUAGCGACGAACUAUCGAUCGCUUCCGCGCGAAAAUGUUCCGUGCGAGAUAUGGUAAUUUCUUCAGUCGCGAUCGACGCCUAGUCGCAAGCGCGGCUACUUCGCGACGAUCAUAAAUUAAUAUUAAUUAAUAAAGAGACAAAGCGAAUGCAUUGUUCUUUCCAAUAAAAGAAGAAGCAAGAUUUUUAGUGUUUACACUACAAUUGAUAAACGAUUCUAUUAUUACAUAAUAUUAUAUUAAUAACAAUAUUAUUACUGUAAUGUUUGUUUUUGGUUAUUAAAGUGUGUAUAUAGUAAUAUAUUCUAGAAA